UUGAUUUCAAACCUUUAGUUCCUGUACAAAAUAUAACAGUUUAUUGAUUUGAAAGGUGUCUCAUUACAAAUAUGAUGGAAUCCUUUUGGUAUGUCGCGAAUUCACUACGCUAUAUUUGUAAAACAUAAUCUAGGAUCAUUUCAAGUCUGCCGAUUAUCUUAAUGGUUUCUUCCAGAGAUUGCAGUCGCUUCUACAGUCAAUACCGAUCGAUAGGGUCCUACAUUUGCGUCCUGAAAAAAUAAUGUUAUCGCCCCUCAAGUUUAUUUUGGUACUCAACUCGGAUGGCGAGGUUAAAUGGCAAGGUUUCUUGUUACACUCAACACAUAUGCGUCAUAGAGUCAGACGUUUGAGGGGAAAAAUAAUACAAUCAGCUUACAUCGUAACUUAAAGCGGCGUUGGGUCAUUCAUUCGCGGUGGCGCUUUGUCUGUGAUCGAUUCCUUGUUUUUCUUGCAAUGUUUUCAGUUUUGUGUUGGACUGCUUUGAUGCAACUUUCCCUGGUUGAAGCUAACAGCGAAGUUAUCGACUUUCUGAAGCAUUUCAACACCCACGCACCGUUAGAAGCGAACAAAAGGUGGAUAGCAGAAUGGGAGUAUUCAACAAAUGUCUCGUCAGAAGAGGCAGCCUCCAAAAAGAAAGCAGCGACUUUGGCUUUUCAAACUUUCCUCGAAGAUACGCGAAAGAAAGCGUCGCGAUACAGUAAUCUUGAGGGUCUUUCAGAGACGCUUCGGCGACAAUUAAAAUUGCUUCGCUCAUCUGCGACUCUGAAAGAUAAACAGGAGCGGGAAGAACUCGAAAACAUUGAGAUCGAAAUGCAGAAAAUCUAUAGUUCGUCUCAAGUUUUCGACGUAGAGACAGGGAAAAACUUGUCGCUGUCGCCUGAUCUGACAAAAAUUAUGGCUUCGUCAAAGAAACACGACCGCUUGAAGUUCGCGUGGCAGGAAUGGCGUGACGCUGUUGGCCCAAAAAUUCGUCCCCUUUUUGAACGAUACGUGAACUUGUCAAAUCAAGGCGCCCGCGACAACGGUUUCCGCGACUACGGCGAAUAUUGGCGAUCCGACUACGAGAUUGAUAAUCUGCCCGAGAUUGUAGAAAAUCUCUGGAAAGAUCUUGAGCCGUUUUACAAAGAAUUACAUGCGUAUGUGAGGGCAAAGCUUAGGGAACAAUAUCCUCACGGAAAAAAAAAAGAUGCCAUCCCUGCUCAUUUGUUGGGCAAUAUGUGGUCGCAGUCGUGGACGAAUAUUUAUCCCUUAGUCGAACCAAUCAAGAACAAAUUAAGCCUUGAUGUUACCAAGCAGAUGAUUGAUGACAAUUUUACGGUAGAAAGAAUGUUUAAUAUCACCGAAUCAUUUUUCUUGUCGCUUGGAAUGGAGAAACUCCCAAAAGAUUUUGUGCGGAGAUCGAUGAUCAGGAAACCCGAUGAACGAGAUGUUGUAUGUCAUGCAUCUGCCUGGGAUAUGUAUGUGAAGACCAAAAAUGGAGCAAAAGAUGUCAGAAUAAAACAAUGCACUGAGGUAACGCAAGAGUGGCUUGUCACGACACAUCAUGAAAUGGGUCACAUUUAUUAUUUCUUGUCGUAUUGGGAUCAGCCUUACCUCUUCCGUGAUAGCGCAAACCCAGGAUUUCACGAAGCUGUUGGUGACACCAUGUCUCUCUCGGUUUCUACUCCUCGGCAUCUUGUUAAGAUUGGACUCCUAAAGGAAUACACUCAAGACGAAGAAGCAGACAUAAACAAUCUAAUGAAGGCGGCGCUGAGCAGUAUCGUUUUCUUGCCGUUUGGAUAUUUACUCGACCAAUGGCGAUGGGGCGUUUUCUCGGGAAAAAUCCAACCGAGCGAGUAUAACACUGAAUGGUGGAAACUGAGAACUAUGUACCAGGGCAUCAAACCGCCUGUUGAGAGGUCAGAAAAGGAUUUUGAUCCUGGGGCUAAGUUUCACGUACCAAACGAUGUGCCCUACAUAAGGUACUUCAUCAGCAGCGUGCUACAAUUUCAAUUCCACAAAGCGGCCUGUAAGUUAGCAGGCUUCGAUGGACCUCUUCACCAGUGCUCCAUCUACCAGUCUAAGGAAGCGGGCAAAAAGAUCAGCGAGAUGCUGCAACUGGGAACGAGCAGGCCUUGGCCCGAGGCCCUAGAAAAGCUCACUAAUAAGACGACUAUGGAUGUGGGGCCCAUGAGAGAAUACUUCUGGCCUCUAUACUUGUGGCUUAGAAAACAAAGAUGCGAGGGAGAGUAUGCUAUUGGUUGGCCUGAAAAUCCGGGACCUGAGGGUGACCCAUGGGUGGUUCCCACGACUUUGCCAGACGCGAGCACGAAACCUAUGACGAAACCGAUAAGCGCCGUGGAAGCGUAUGCGCAUGCGUGGACUUUGAACUCCGCUGGUACAUUGAUAAUGACCAUUGCUUCACUUUUCGUCUCUUUGAACGUAAUGAACAAAUAGUAUGUUUUUUUCUUAUGUCUAAUGAGACAAUUUAUAAGAUGUGUAUAUAGUUACACCUAAAUGGUCAGGUACGAUAUUUUUCCUCGUUAAAUUUUGGCAAUUAUAACAACUCGUUCAAAUGA